AUGGUCGCAGUAGGCUUGCCAUACAACGAUCCCCUUCGAGAAGGAGCUUGGCCAACCUUACCUGUUGCAUGUACAGUAUGUGUGCGCAGUCAGGACCCUUGUCGACGGGCUGCCAUAACUACGAUAAAAUUUCAGGUCAGAGCAGUUGCCAAAUAA